GGUGGAGGCAAUAAACGGAGCCGAGCACCAGAGCUACAACAUCCGGGCAAUACCCAGCCUGCGCAGAAACGGAAUGGCGGAGGUGGGGUCUAGUGGAGCGUGGAUGAGGUACAAUGAUGAAGACCCUCAGCAGGAGAAGCAGAAGUCUUAACAGGCCUUAAGAGGAGUUGGAGGUGAACGCUCCUCGCCCCAUGAAGAUGGCAGCACAGUCCCACACUGCCAGUGAGCUUCCUCUGGAGGAGCUGCUGGCUCUGUAUGGAUAUACAGUGUCAGAUCCAGAGAAGGAGACCUGUCAAAUGGCUGCCAGCCUGCCAGGCAUGACACUGGACAAGGAUCAGCUAACACAGGAUCUCUUUCCUGGGGAGGAGGAAGAAGAAUCAUCACCCGAUGAUCUCACCCCCUCAGUCACCUCAAACACCUCAGAUCUGCUCCGGCAUCUCCAAGGUGGAAACAAAGACACAUUAGUCAGCUCAUCAGAUGAGGAAUCUGACGAUGCCUCUAUUCCCUCCAAUGAAGAGCACAAGGAGAUCAUGGUUGGCUCCAUGUACCAGGCAAAAAUCCCUCCACUCAAUCCGUAUACCUACCAGGAAAAGGUCUACAGCAGCGAGGACCAGUUGCUGUGGAGGCCAGGUGUUCUGCCAGUGCAGGAAGUGGAGGAGUUCUUGUUGAAUAUACAGAGACCACAUCGCAAGGAGGGGACAGCACGCACAUCCAUGCAAGCUAACACUGUCCGUGACAACGAACAGGCACUGUAUGAACUUAUAAAAUGCAAUUUUAAUGCAGAAGAGGCACUGAGACGAUUACGCUUCAACGUGAAGGUGGUCAGUGAUGAGCUGUGUGCCUGGAGCGAGGAGGAGUGCAGGAACUUUGAGCAAGGCUAUCGAGUUUACGGGAAAAACUUCCACCUCAUUCAGGCUAACAAGGUACGAACGCGCUCUGUGGGAGAAUGCGUGGAGUAUUACUACAUGUGGAAGAAGUCCGAACGUCAUGAGUAUUUCACCCAACAAACCACUAGGCUCAGCCGCAAGAAGUACAGCCUGCAGUCAGGGAGCAUGGAGGAUGGAGACCAGGAUGGGGAUGUUGGGGAGCUGGAAGGAAGCAACAAUUCCUCAGGCCUGUUGUCUCACAGCUCCAUGGGUCCGGGGCAGGUUGAGUCCCCGUUACCUCCACAGACCAACCUGGACAAACAAGAGGAGGAGGGCCGUCCCCGGCGCAGACGAACUCCCCGCUUUCUCUUAAAGCCUUGAACUCAUCCACACAGGCCUCAGAAAGCAGGCUGGGCCUGCAGAUGGUGAGCUGGUGAUGGGGCUGUCAGAGCUGUGUGGAGACGGAUGUCCUCAGCAGCUGUUUGGCUGUCCCUUCUCUCUGCAGCCCCUGGACGACCUGCGGGAUCCCGACUCAAAUAGUUGUUGUCCCUCAGCUCCAGUCCAGCUCCAGUCCCAGCCUUCUGCCCUGAGCUCCCAGUCGGCCUGCGGUAGCCCCCCGUGCUGCCAUGACGACGACUGCCUGCAGGGCUCCUGCUUUUACCAGCUACACAUGCUUGGUGGACCUUUUGUUCCCGAGGACCCUGACUGUGCACCUAGUGGUGCGACCGGUGGCCCUGGGCUGCAGGUGGAGUUUAGCCUGCCAUCUGCCUCCCCGCCCUCGUCUACUCUCCUCCCGUCACACUUCCAGGCGAUUGGCGGCCUGCAGCACCCCUCAGCUCUCCAGCAUCGCUCUCUGACACAGUGAGGGGAAAUUGAAUCGUAAUGUUUGUGGUUUGCCUUUUGUCAAAAUCCUUGAUUGGUGUUGGUUUUUAAACUGACUCAUACAAGCCCGGACAAAACGUGCAUUUACCGAACUUCGUGAAAAGGAUGGACCUGCUCCCUGAGCUGGGGGCGUUGCUCGUAUCUGAAUCCUCUUUUCAAACUGAUACACUUGAACUCUGUCCAUUGUGUUGAUCACUACUGUCAGGUUUUGAUUGUGUGUUUAUUUAAAACAGUUUAUCACCACAACCUGCGCCAGGGCAACGCUGUUGAUUGGCAGUGACGAGAGCUGCACUGACCACACAAACAAACGUCAUCUGUGGUUUUUCUAAAACAGAGCCGUGACUGACGAUGUGAACAACCAUUGCUUUCUUAUUUAUCACGAUGGAGAAGUUUGACUUCUAAAGUCGACAUCCAACGUUUCUUUCUUAGUGUUCUACUAAUAGCUCGGCACUUUUGCCUCUGACUCCGUUCAAAUCUGGUAUUCACAUCCGUCCUGAGUGAGCCAAUCACAAGCGGACAGCUCGAAGUACAUACAAACACAUCCAAAUUCAUCUGAUCACUCAGACCACAUUCAGAAGUGGCCACAUUCUUUUCACUGUGUGAGCACAAGCGUCCUGGGACGCACAUGAAGGACUGUCUACUCAGCUGAUGUCUCUGACCUGCUACAGUUUCACAUUGAAUUUUAAUACUUAAUAUUUUUACAUAUUUACUGCCACAGUAUCAACACCACCAUAAUGAUUUCCAUAUAUUGUUUUUAAGACCAGGUCUGAACAGGGCCUCCGUUCAGUGCCACAGGGAACACAACAGCUGGGAGUAAUGUAAAAUCUGUCAAUUAAAACAUUAUAUGAUGGUUAAUUUAUUACAUUAAAGACUCAGCCCUAAUAGUUUCUGUCUUCGGUUUCUCCUGUUUCUCCAAACCUACAACCUCCUCCACUCCAGCUGUCUGUAAACCUUGAGUCGAUCUUUCUGUAGAAAUUUGUUUGAUUUUAAAAACCUGAACAAGAUCUUCUAUGCUUUCUUUCAAGCUUUAUAGGAGCAACAAGGAGCACAGUGAUUUUUCGGGGGGGGGGGUUUUCUCACUCUUCAAUUUGGCUUUUGUCAAAACCUUUCAUCCUUGUUCUUCCCUGAUGAUUUAGAAAUGUGCAAUGCUUACUUGUCAUUUCUGACAACUGUUUCUAUCAUGUCGAAUAUUUAGUCCAGUGAAGAGCCUGACCUCUGACCUGGAGAGGUGGUUCAGAAUAAAAUAUGUUGAUGUAAAAUGUACAUACUAAGCUACGCAAAUCACUGAAUCCAAAUUCACCUACUCAGGUUCUGCAACUUUGAAGAUUUCCAUUAUCAGUCAUCCAGAACUAACUUUGAUGGUCGUACGUACAGUUAGAGAAGUGAUUAUGUUGAAAGUAAAGUAAAAAAGACAGACUGGUUGGGCUCCAAAAGAACGUCCUAAAGUAGCAUUUAAGUUUUCUGCCUCUUUGAAAACCAACAACAAGGAAGCAACUUUCAAGUAAAGUCCAGUCCAUUAAGAUAUGGAACAAAGCAAAAGAACAACUGCAACAUUUUUAUUGUCAGAGCUCUCUCUCCCUUUUCCCCUCUGAAAUGUUUCCAUGAGCAUCUUUAAUGACCUUGACCUGAAAUGAUGAAAUAUACUGAUAAGUGUCACAUGUGUAUGUGCA